AUGACGGUACAGUCUACCCUCCGGCAUACCGCCGCUGAGGAGGCCAUCGCCGUUUUCCUCGAGAAAUGGACAACGCGCAUCCGGUCCCGCCUAAAGAGUACGUCCCGGACCACCCGGCUUCUUGCGGCUCUCUCGCUGGCCGUCUCCAUCAUCCUCGCGGGUGAGGGCACGAGGCGUAGCUCCGUCCCUUCCACCCAGACCAAGCCCGGCCUCAACUUGGCGUUCCUCCAUCAGUUCUUGAGCCUCAUGAGCAUCAUGAUACCUCGCUGGACGAGCAAGGAAGCAGGUCUCUUGGUCAGCCACGGCGUGUUCUUGAUGCUCCGCACAUACCUCUCUCUCGUAGUAGCUAGGCUAGAUGGCGAGAUUGUCAGGGAUCUCGUCGCCGGCAAUGGUCGUCAGUUCAUCUGGGGGAUCCUCAAGUGGUGCGGUCUCGGCAGCUUUGCAUCUUAUACCAAUGCCAUGAUCAAGUACCUUGAGUCCAAGGUUUCCAUCGCUUUCAGGACCCGUCUCACCCGUUAUGUUCACGACCUCUAUUUGAACAACAACCUCAACUACUACAAGCUUCAUAACCUCGAUGGCGGCGUCGGUCACGGCGCCGAUCAGUUUAUCACCCAGGACCUCACCCUGUUUUGCGCGUCCGCUGCCAACCUCUACUCCUCACUUGGGAAGCCGUUUGUCGAUCUAUCCAGCAUCCUCCGGCGCCUCUCGCCACCUUUUGGCAAGUUGAAGGCCGUUGAGGGCAAGAAAGAAGGAGAGUUCAGGAGCCUCCACGCACGCCUGAUAGCUAAUGCUGAAGAGGUUGCCUUCUAUGGUGGCGCGGAAAUGGAAAAGGGAUUCUUGAACAAGGAGUUCAAGUCGCUAAAGCAGUUUAUGGAAGGCAUCUACAUGCUCAAGAUCCGGUACAAUAUCCUGGAAGACUUUAUCCUCAAGUAUAGUUGGAGCGCCUAUGGGUAUCUUUUAUCCUCCUUGCCCGUCUUCCUCCCCGCCUGGGGUGGUCUCGGAGGCGCCUUGGAGUUGGCCUCCGGCGCCGACAAGGGAGGAAAGGAGCGGGGCCGAAUGAAGGAGUUUAUCACCAACAAGCGCCUGAUGCUGUCCCUUGCCGAUGCGGGUGGCAGGAUGAUGUACUCCAUCAAAGACCUCUCCGAACUCGCUGGUUAUACUAGCCGUGUUUAUACUCUCAUCUCCACCCUUCAUCGCGUCCACGCCGACGCCUACUACCUUAGGGGCGGAAACAGCGAGCUUUACUCCCUCUCCGAUGUUCAGGGAACGGUCCAAAAGGGCUUCGACGGCGUACGGUUUGAGGGUGUUCCCAUUGUCGCCCCUGGCCUUUGGCCCCAAGGAGGAGACGAGUUGAUCGAGUCUCUAUCAAUGGUCGUGCGCAGUGGCGAACAUCUCCUCGUCUCCGGGCCCAACGGCGUGGGCAAGUCUGCCAUCGCUAGAGUUCUUGCGGGGCUCUGGCCUGUGUACCGCGGACUCGUCAGCCGUCCCAAGGAUAACGGGCAGGACGGUAUCAUGUUCCUUCCUCAGCGCCCCUACCUCAGCGUCGGCACCCUCCGCGACCAGGUCAUCUACCCGGACAACGAGUACGACAUGCGCGGGAAGCGAAAGACUGAGGAGGAUCUCAAGCAAGUUCUCGAGGAAGCCCGCCUUGGCUAUCUCCCCGACCGCGAGGGCGGCUGGGAUACUCGAAAGGAGUGGAAGGACGUGCUCAGUGGCGGUGAGAAGCAGCGCAUGGGUUUCGCGCGCCUCUUGUACCAUGAGCCUCGCUACGCCGUGAUCGAUGAGGGUACUAGCGCGGUUUCCAGUGAUGUGGAGGGUCUUCUUUACGAAACCUGCAAAGAGAAGGGCAUAACUCUCAUCACCGUCUCCACGCGCGCCUCCCUCAAGAAGUACCACACGUUCAACCUCGUCGUAGGCAUGGGCGACAAUGGCGAUGAGUGGGAGUUUGAGCGCAUCGGCACUGAGCGUGAGAAGAUGCAGGUUGAGCGCGAGAUCCAGGAAAUUCGGGAGCGCCUCGCCAAGGUAGAAGAAUUGAAGAGCCGACAUGCCGAGAUCGAGCGCGAGCUCGCCAAUGUCUGGGUCGAUGGCGCCGAUGCCCCUCUCGAGACUCCCUCGUACGCCGAGGCUGCGAAAGAAGAGCCUGCCGCUGAGAGCGAGCGAGACGCAGCGGUCGAGAGCGAGAAGCAGGACGUCGUCACGGAGGAGGAUAAGGAUGACUCGAUCGUGUCACCUUCGUACGCCGAUGUCACUAAAGAGGAGGCUGAGGGCGCGGGCUGUGAUGAGGACGAGUCCGUAGACGAUCGGUUCGAGGAGUCGGUCGAGGAGCUGAUUCGCGAUGGGGAUGAAAGCGUGGAGGCCUUGUAA